UUGUAGACCCCGCAGAAAACGCGACGCGCGACCUGUGAUAAUCCAAUGACCGUAUAGAUUUUAUGGAAAAGCUGUACGCUCAUUGGAUAAUCGCAUUGCAAGAUUACUCAUGCGCCGUACGAAAGCUCGUCGGAUGUUUCGAUUAGCUGAUCUAAUUGCAUAAAGAUGUAAUUAAUGUAAUCUUGUAGCGAAUUCGGUCACUUGGUUAGCGCAAGAAAGCAGGACCGAUCAAACCACGGAGCCGAUCAAACCGCGGCUGCGCGGGGCCGGUCAAACCGCGGGGCCGCGUGCGGCGCACCGGUUGCACGCGCCUAGAGCCGGCCCUGGCUCGAACUAAUGCUCGGUCAUGUUUUAGGAGCGUUGCAAGGUGAUAUGGUCUAUAUUGUGUUGAUUACAACGUCGUAUAUAGCGUUUAAAUUUUCAGUGUCUGUUUGUAAGUUUAUUGUAUUAUCGGUCUUCUUUAUGAAAAACAUUUCCGCGAUUUCUCUUUUCCUCCUGAAAUGCUCGCUAUGUAAUAUUUUUGGUUUCGUCCAAUUAAAAUCAUGGUUAAAGUUUGUACGGUGUUUGCUAAUUACAGAGUGGUUAUUAGCGUCUUUCUUUAUAUCAUUUUUAUGUUCAUUAAUUCGAGUCUGGAGAUGUCGCUUAGUUUGUCCAAUAUAAGAGGCUUUGCAGUCUUUGCAUUCAAUAUGGUAAAUUACUUCGGUUUUCUUGUCCCAGUUUAUUUGGUCUUUGCCUCUUUUUAUGAUUUUGUCUAGUUUUUUGGGACUGUAUAAGCAGUAUUCAGACCUAUUUUUUUCAAAUUCGUGCUGAUUUUUUCGGUCAGUCUUUUAAUGAAAGGGAGGAUAAUGCCUAAUUUAGGAUCAAAGGUUAUUUUUUUCCCAUGUCACUAGAUGUCACUGCACUCUUUACCAAUAUCCCUAAAGAACUUGUAGUGGAAGCUAUCAAAAAACGCUGGAGUGAAAUUUCACCUAACACACUACUCAAUCUACCACAAUUUCUACAUGCCAUAGAAUUAAUAUUAAAUUCCACUAGUUUCAAAUUUGACGGACAGUUUUACGAGCAGAUUUUCGGUAGCCCCAUGGGGUCUCCCUUGUCACCAAUCCUGGCAGAUAUGGUUAUGAAAGACCUUGAAGUGUCUUGCCUGCAGAGACUAGAUUUCAACGUACCUAUAUUUUACAGAUAUGUUGACGAUAUUAUUACAGCAUUACCUACGACCAAAAUUGACACUGUCUUAGCCAUAUUCAAUAAUCAUCACCCACGACUAAAAUUCACUUAUGAAAUGGAAUCUAACAACUCCAUCUCAUUUCUGGAUGUGACUCUUACCAAAACUGACAAGAAUAAUAUCCUGACAAAUUGGUACCAAAAACCUACCUUUUCCGGACGAUAUAUUAAUUACCAUUCCAGUCACCCUUUUAAAUACAAGACCAACACUAUUAUUAGUUUAGUUGACCACGCUAUUUUACUUUCGGACAAGAUAUAUUGGAAACAAAACAUUGCUCUAGUUAAAAAAAUUUUACUUAACAACUGCUUUCCUGACAAAAUUAUCGACAAACAUAUUAAUAUUACCCAGGUAGAAAUCUGCCUCAAUUUGCCGAGAUUAAGUACAGGGCCUGGAUAGAAAAAUCCAGUUAAAAAUAUCCGUAUAGGUCCAGAAUACACCCUAGAAAUUUACCUUGAUUUUACCGAGAGAAAAAUAGUCGGAAAAAUCUACAUGGGUCCUAGAUUGCCACUGACAGAUUUUUCCCUGAUUCCCUCCUGAAUAGAUAGCACU